AUGUCGGAAUCAACACCACCCGACGAAUUGUCAAAAGAUAAUGAAACCACUCAUCAAGGAACAACUUCCGAACGGAUAGAAAACACUAUUUCGAGUGUCGUAUCCUCCCUUGCUAAGAACGAAAGUCCAUCCUCCGGAGAAAAAGACAAGAAAAAAAGUUUCUGGACCGCUGGAGCAUGCGAUGAUGGAUAUAGUUCCUACACAAGUACUCCAAAGUCACUAGACCACAAAAACUGUGGAGAGGUUCAUCAAGAGAGAGCCUCCCAGCUUCCCGAUGGUGCUAUAAUCAUCGCCUUGUCCCAAGAUCAAGUAACGGCAGGAAGCGAGAAUCCGGAUGACCGACCAACAUGGAGCAAAAAAGCCGAUUUCCUCCUAUCCAUUAUCGGAUUUGCUGUCGAUUUGGCUAACGUUUGGAGGUUUCCGUACCUCUGCUACAGAAAUGGUGGUGGUGUCUUCUUGAUUCCCUACCUAUUAAUGUUAGUUUUUGGAGCUAUGCCCUUGUUCUAUAUGGAACUGGUUUUGGGACAGUAUCAUAGACAAGGACCAAUUAGUGUUUGGAAAUUUUGCCCACUUUUUAAAGGUGUAGGAUAUUGUUGUGUUCUGGUUUCGUGGUAUGUCUCCUUCUACUACAACGUCAUCAUAGCUUGGACAUUAUAUUAUAUGUUUAUAUCUUUCUCUACGGAGCUUCCGUGGAUUCGCUGCAACAACCCCUGGAACACAGAACGUUGCUGGGAGAGUCGAAACGCGAGCGGAUACAUAAUUGAUGUUACAGCUAUUUCUAACACAACUGCCUUCAGAGCAAAUCGGACAUCUCCAGCUUUGGAAUUUUUCGAUCGUGCAGUCUUGGAAAUUCACCAAAGCGACGGCAUGGGGGAUUUGGGCUCUCCCAAAUGGCAACUGGUCGUCUGUGUACUAGUGGCUUUCGUAAUCCUCUACAUAGCUCUAUUCAGAGGAGUUAAGUCGCUUGGGAAAGUAGUGUGGUUCACAGCCAUUGCCCCUUAUGUCAUCUUAACCAUUCUUCUAAUACGAGGUCUACUUCUUCCUGGGGCGGGGCAAGGAGUUCAGUAUUACCUUCGCCCUAAUCUUCACAAGCUUCUUGACACACAGGUAUGGGUUGAUGCAGCAGUGCAAGUUUUCUAUUCCGUCGGUGUUGGGUUUGGUGUACAUUUGACAUAUGCAUCUUAUAAUAACUUUCACAAUAAUUGCUACAGGGAUUGCCUUUUUACAGUGGCGGUUAAUAGCUUUACCAGCUUUUAUAGCGGAUUUGUAAUAUUUGCGUAUUUGGGUUACAUGGCCAACAAAGAAAGCUUGCCGAUUUCUGAGGUAGCAACGGAAGGACAUGGACUAGUUUUUCAAGUUUAUCCAGAAGCAAUAGCAACGUUACCGGGUGGACCGUUUUGGGCAGUCUUGUUUUUCACAAUGCUCCUUACGCUUGGCCUAGACAGUGCGAUGGGAGGCUUAGAAUCGGUCAUCACAGGAAUUUUGGACGAAUGCAGCCACUUUUUCACCAAAUGGAAGUUAAAUCGGGAAAUUUUCACAGCAAUCGUCUUAGCUUCAUCAUUUUGCGUAUCAUUAGUUAACGUAACAAGGGGUGGCGGAUAUAUGAUGUAUUGGUUCGAUACCUAUUCGGCUGGGAUUUCUUUGUUGUGUGCCGCUUUAUUUGAAGCUAUCGGCGUAGCUUGGAUCUAUGGUUUGGAUCGAUUUUGUGACAAUAUUCAAGAGAUGAUGGGUUUUACGCCUGGGCUAUUUUGGAGAUUAUGUUGGAAAAUUAUAAGUCCAUUUUUCUUAGUCGCUGUAAUCGUAUCUGCUAUUAUAAGUAAUUCCACUCUGCAAUAUCAGGACUACGUUUACCCCCAGUGGGCUGUAGGAUUAGGGUGGGGAUUCGCCCUAUCUUCUGUGGCCAUGGUUCCCAUUGUAGCUGCCUUCAAAAUAGCAAAAGCACCUGGAAAUACUUGUUCCGAGAAAUUGGCUUACACUAUUACUCCUGAAGAAGAAAGGGAAGUUCAAGAAAAUGGAGAGAUUAAGCGAUUCAAAUGGAAACACUGGGUCUAUGUGUGA